CCGAUCCGCUUCAGUCACGGUUCGGGGCUUGUCGCGAGUGUAUGUCGCCUUUACGACUGCGUGGAAAGUUGAAUCGUGCUGCGGGUAAACGUUGGAACGCGCGUUAGCCUGCGGUCGUUUCCCGUGGCUUCCGAUAGAUUCUGUGUGUGGCGCGUGGAUGGGUGGUAAUUACUUGGCCAAGUCGGACAAGGCUCUGGUAGCCUAUGGCGCGUGACUGGUGACGUUCUGUGGCUGUGAUUGCUCCGCGCGUACACUGCAGCUAGCAGUUGAGGUAGAUUUAAAUUGGAUUUUCCGCUUCCGGAUGCUGUGAAUUGAAGUGUCGACGAACAUGGGAAGAAACGGCAGACGGAAGAAUUAAAUGCAGAGUGUUUCGUUAUUUCAGCUUUGGCCACCGGACUGCGUCCGAUAACGGAUGUUGAUAUGACGAAAUGCGAGUGUUUAUGGUUUCUGCUAAAUAUCCAUGGUGUUGAGAAAUAAGUGACCGAUCGGAAUGAGUUGUUCGAGUGCUAAUUUGAUCAAGUGACAUCUUCCGUGCGUAACCGGAAAACUUGUUUAGGAAGUUUGGCUCGAAAUACGAACAAACCGAUAAGCUGCUGUAGAUUCAACCAGUCUUCCGUCUAAUGUGGAUCCGAUUCGCAUAACUGGAUUAUCUUGGUGAAAUUUGAAAAUCCUGCAAACAGUUAAUCAAUCAUCGCCGGUGCCGCUGUCAUUUCCGCUCGUAAGUACGGCGGACGUCGUCGGAACCGGCGACGCCACUUUCCGGUAGGCAUCGGACAAAACGACGGGCGUAAACCGACGUGUGCGAAUCUGCUACCCGGUGCGAUCGAUGGAACAGUUUUUUAUAGUUUCAGGAUUACUCCCUAACAACCAACGCCAGCCGAGACCAGUGAGCAUAAAAACUAUACCAACAAACAAACCGAGUGAACGAAAACACAAGAAAUAGCACUAAAACUAAGAAUAAGAACACCCGAUAGGCCAGUUAAGCAAAGCGGCCGCAUUUGGUUGGGGAGAAUGUGCGUAGCCGGAGCAGAGCAGCAGAUAUUCAGUCGGAGGACGUCGUCUCGGUCGGUCGAGUCGCGAAGGAGCACACAACAGCCGCCUAGCGCGAUCGGUUGGUGUUAGAAGACUCGCCGCAUCCCUCGUUGCGUUCCUGUGUCCGUCCAUUUGUGCUGCUGCUUCCCAUUCGAAUUCGUCACUCGCCGCGUGAUCGUGUUUGUGACAGUAGCGCGGAUAAUGGCGUGAAAUGGGACAGGAGCGAAUAUAAUAACAAAAACAACACACGGCUACUGACGCUAAUUAGUGCACACUGGUGUGUAGGGUGAAGAGUGUAAAAAAGGCAAAUUAAUGCAGUGGAAGUAGAAGUGAAAAUAAAACAAAGCCCAGUGAAAGUGCGUUGAAUGCCAUACUAGAGGGAAGGUGUAUUCAGGGGGUGGUGAUGGUGAGAAGUUUCAGGCAGAAGUGUGACCAAGCUAAGUGAAACACGUAGCAUUAAUCUUACGGCUGAAUCGCAGGGAGUCAGAAUAAAUAAAUAAAUAAAAAAAAAACAACAAAAUACUGAAAUACGAAAAUGAAAAUGUUGGCAACAGCUGCAGUGCUACCGCCGUCGUCGUUUUUGGUUUUUGUCGCCAGAAGGCGAGCCAAUUCGCACCGAGACGAAGCUUACUUGAGCAAUGGAGGCAGUUACAGAAGCCUAAUACAUAGAAAAGGUAGUGAUGCGGUUAUGCUGCUGUAGCCGUCGAGCUGCGGUCUGCGUUGCCCGAUAGUGUCGUCCGAGCGUGUGGUGCGGUGCUCCGAUGUGUACCGGAAGAGUUUUGUUCUACCAUCGGCCACAAAGUUCCUUGUGGUGUUUUGAAUUCGCCGUAUCCAGCGGGUGUGGUGGUUAAAGCGAGAGAUUAUUAAAAAAGCGUGCAGAAGGAGCUAUCGACGUCUCAAUGGAUUCCUCCUGCUUAUUCAGUGUAAAAAUAUAAAAAAUAACCGACCUAAAAUGGAUAAAUUAGCGAAAGAUUUCCCAUAGAAAAAAGUGUGUGUUGAGUAGUGUUCGGUAGGAAAGCAGCGAAGAAAUCAAACCGAUUAAUAUUGCAUUCUAUCACUUCCGGAGCAUGACGUCUCCAAACCUAAUCCAGCCUGGCGCUCCGGGAAGGAGCCCACAGCGGAUGCGUUAUCGGCAUCGCUCGUUAACGCUGGAAACCAAUGAGCCAAUACCAGCAGCAUCGGUGUCGUCUUCGUCAAUGAAGCCGUUGGCAGCGAAUGGAACCUUUGGCUGCCUCAGUGAUAGUUACAGUGAACAACCCAGUAAUGGAAGUGGAAAAAUAUAUCGAUUUCAGAAGCGAAUCGACCUUCAACAGCAGCAUCACAAGUGCAAAUCCUACCGUAGAACGUUGCUCCAGCUAGCCUCCGCUGGGAGGGGUGGUGGUGCAGGCGAAAUCGGUGGUCGAGGUAUCAGUAGGAUAAGUGAGAAAAAGUUGUUACCCGCCGUUGACGGUGGUGAGCUGGUGGGCGGCGUUUUCGCCAGUAGGAGUAGGAGGAUACAGAGCUGGAGAGGUCCUUCAAAUGUCUUCCUUGUGGUAUUGCUACUGUAUCUGUUGGCAGGAUUCUGCACCAGAAGUGGGUGCGAUGAUACCGAGCAGUUCCAGAAGAACAGAAAAUUCACGCCCACCACUGCAACUGUAGACACGAUUCCUGCCCGCGUAGUUUGGGCCGCCGUCGACCAUGACGCCGAGCUACCGUGCGAUAUCACCGCUCCAGGGCCACAAGAUGGCGUGAAACUGGUGCUUUGGUUCAAAGAUUCCACGGGUAUACCGCUGUACUCGCUGGACUCCCGGUCUGGUGUGCCAAUUUCUGCCGCCCAACAUUCAACGAUUGCCAGCGAUCUCGGCCAGCGGUUGUUCUUUUCGGUGGGAAGUACGCCGAAAGAGGCGCGGCUGCAGAUCCGAAACAUUAAAACUUUCGAUGGUGGAGUGUAUCGCUGCCGGGUGGAUUAUUUCAAUUCACCAACCCGAAAUUAUCGAGUUAAUUUAACGCUAGUUGUACCACCGGAGGACCCUCGGAUUUUUGACGCCCAGGGAAAAGAAAUUUCGACAGUUGCGGGACCUUUUCGAGAAGGGCACGAGUUGUUUCUGUCCUGUCAGGUGUCUGGAGGUCGACCUUCACCGCGGGUUUCGUGGUGGCACGAUGGUGUUGAGAUAUCUGGCACCAGUCAUCCGUCCGCAGUCGAUGGCGCAUCUGCAAUAGUUAAUCAACUGUUCAUAGGGACCGUUUCCCGGGAUCUGUACGGGGCCAAAUUCGUGUGCAAGGCAGCUGGCUCCAAACUGGUACCGGCGGUUUCGAAAGAUGUCUCCAUCCAAGUACACUUAAAACCACUGCGGGUGAAAAUCGUCACCCCCAACGAGUUACUCACUGCUGGUCGACCCGUUCCGAUAAGGUGCGAAGCGUGGGGAUCCUUCCCGACGGCCAAAAUCGUCUGGCUGCUGGACGGGGAACCGCUACGGAGUGCCGACAUCACUGUACAUAGCGAUAGCAAUGAUGCGAAUCUUACCUCCAGCAUACUUACACUUCGAGUGACGGCCGAAAACGACGGCGGGGAGCUUUCCUGUCGUGCGUCCAAUCCAUGGUUCUCCGGUGGGGCCAUCGAAGACAAGCGGUUGAUUAGUGUUGCCUACGAACCGGUCGUAUCUGUCCAUCUGGCCAACGAGGAUCCGGCCCGAGUUAUCACCCGGUCUGAGAGCGAAAAUGUGACACUCAAGUGCCGGGCGGAUGCGCGGCCACCGGUCACUUCCUUCGCCUGGUACAAAAAUAACAUGCGGAUGUCUGGCGAAAGUGGCGAAACGUUACACCUCAUUCAGCUCGAGCGGGAAAGUGCCGGUUCCUAUGCGUGCGCGGCAUCCAACACCGAAGGAGAAACACGCAGUUCCUCAAUCACCUUGAAAAUUCAGUAUGCCCCCCGCUGCAAGCCCGGAUCGGAGCAGACGUCCGUUGGUUCGCUGAACAUGCACUCGUUGCACGUUAAAUGUGAAGUGGAAGCCGAUCCACCGGAGGCCGUUCGGUUCAGCUGGACCUACAACAACACCCGGAACGUUUCACCGGUGCUGAAUUCACGCAUCAGCUCACAUGGCCUAGUCAGCACCAUGACCUAUCUGCCACAGUCUGAUUCCGAGCUGGUGACGCUGGCCUGCUGGGCAAUGAACAGUGUCGGCCGCCAGACGGUGCCCUGUCUGAUACACAUUUUACCUGCAAAGACACCGGAAACUCCUCGCAACUGUGAACUGCACAACGAUACCAUCCCGGAAGUGGUCUGCCAGGCUGGUAAUGACGGUGGCCUCUCACAGAGUUUCCUGCUAGAGGUGGUUGGUGGAGCGGUACCGGCGGUUUUCAACCUGGACUACACACGCAGCCCGCCGACCGAGAUUGACAAUGAAAUUUCUACUAUGAAUGAUCAGGCAACAUUAGCGCCGCUAUUCCGGAUCCAGGAGCAGCAGCCACAAUUCAAGCUACACAGCCUGGAACCGGGUCGGGACUAUCAGCUGUUGGUCUAUGCGGUAAACGCGAAAGGCAAAAGUAACCCACCGUUCGUGAUCGAUAAAGUGCGGGUCGGAUCGGCAUUAAUUCCACCGUAUGUGGAUGAAACCAUCAUUUCGGAGGACCCAACUCCGGCGGAAACAUCCAACGCUGACAAGCAGAAGCAGCACUCGCAAAUGGUUAUGUUCGCUGCGGUGGCGGCUGCCGCCGGUGUAAUCAUGAGCUCGAUCAUGGUCGCCGGCUUUGUCGCGAUAUGCCGGCUCAAGCGACCGAAACCGCCCGAACCGCAGGAAGUGCGAAAGCGAAUGCGACCUGCCAGAACCGAUGUGCCAUCGAUGUACGCCGAGGAUGAUGUGUUCGAGGACGAGUUCCAACAGCGGCAUCCAGGCGACGCGCGGUGCAGCCGGGCCUCUUCCACCCUGCGGAGUAGCCGUUACAUCUCCGAGGGAUUUGUACAGUAUUCACAGCCUAGUUUAAAUGUCUAUAUUGCAGAUCCGGACCUAAUUCUUCCACGCGGCAGCGAGAUGGAAUUUACGACCCUAUCAGGAGCUUAACGGGAAUGACCCCCAGUUUGUUCCAAUGAGGGACGAAAUCGCACAUGAGCAGCUGUAAAUACACUAGUGUAUGUAGGUAACCAGAGGGGAGCUGGAGCUUCUUGUAGGUUGAAAAUUUGAUGACUAAUGUGACAAAGGAUUUGAUUAAUCCCAAAGCGACCGCUAGGAGCUAAGUUUUCUUCCUUUCUACCGUCGACCGAAAAUGGUCAAAUUCGAGGACUUGGCGAGUAAAAUGUAACAAAUUGUUGUCAGUUAAAAAAAAAACAAUUGUGACCUACUAAGAAAGCGUCUUAAAUCAAACUGCAGCGUCGAGCAAAACCAAAUACAAACUAUUUAUAUACACAUCCCACACAAGUACACAUACACACACAACUUUAUGUAGGUUUAUUUUUAGUCUAGGAAACAUCAGAUGGUUUAUUCAGAAGUUAUGCUGUAUAAAUAUAAUUUAAGAGUAACGUGGUGCGAUUUUCCGACGGGAUUGAUGUAAUAAACUUUAACGCUUAAGGAAUUGCUGAAAAAAGGUAAAACUUUAAAUAAUAUGUUGAAGCCCAGAGAAGCAAAGCAAAAAAUAACACAAAUCUAGAUAAUGAUAUGAUUUAGGUCGUCACUAUUUUUUUUUACAAAGAAACAACAACAAAAUCUAAAGUAAUCUGAAAGAUACUCAAAAAAUCAAACAGUUGAAGGCCAGCGACGACAGCAAAUGAGAGCGCUUUCUCACAUCCUCUCUCAGAAUAAGCCUCGGCGGUGUUUGAAUCAACAAUCAAACAAAUUUCGUUUAAUGAAAUAAAAACGGUGUAAUUUUUCCAACAAA